AUUAACAUUUGGAUCCGAAAAUUGGGUUGAAAAUGUAAUCAUCAUCAAAUCAAAAUUUCAAAAUCUUCAAUUCAAUUCAAUUAUUAUUUCAAUUUAACGUUUAGGGUUUGAAACCCUAAACCCAUUACGAAUCCAUUCAUCAAUGUCAAAUCAUCAUCGUUCUCCAAGUUCUUCCUACAAAACCGUUCUUCCUCCACAAGAACUCCUCGAUGAUCUCUGCAGCCGGUUUGUGCUAAAUGUGCCAAAGGAAGAUCUUCAAUCAUUUGAAAGGAUCUUAUUUCUUGUGGAGUAUGCACAUUGGUUUUAUGAAGAUAAUUCUGUAGAAAAUAAUCCAUCUCUCAAGUCUUUAAGUCUGAAGGAGUUCACUUCUUUAAUGUUCAAUAGCUGUGAUGUUUUGAAGCCUUAUGUGGCCCAUAUAGAUGAUAUUUUUAAGGACUUCACUUCUUACAAGGUUCGAGUUCCUGUAACUGGGGCAAUAAUUCUCGAUGAAACCUUUGAAAGGUGUUUGCUAGUUAAGGGAUGGAAAGGUUCAAGUUGGAGCUUCCCUCGUGGCAAAAAGAGCAAAGAUGAAGAAGAUCAUGCAUGUGCCGUUAGAGAAGUUUUGGAAGAAACUGGUUUUGAUGUUUCAAAAUUUCUUAACAAGGAUGAAUACCUUGAAGUUAUUUUUGGACAACAGAGAGUACGACUUUACAUUAUUGCUGGUGUUAAAGAUGAUACAUCAUUUGCCCCACAAACCAAAAAGGAGAUCAGUGAAAUUGCAUGGCAACGGCUCGAUGAACUUCAACCUUCUAGUGAUGAAGUGAUAUCUCGUGGGAUCACUGGUCUUAAGCUGUAUAUGGUGUCCCCUUUUCUGGCAUCUUUGAAAUCUUGGAUUUCAACACACCAACCUCAUAUGGCUCCAAGACCUGAUUUGCCACUUAAAGGAAUUUGUGUGUGGAAAGCAAAGCACAGUUCUACUGGAAGCAGUUCCACAAUUAUGGACAGCCAACCAACAAAAUCUGAACCAGAUUCUCAGCCUAUCGAUGUGGGGCCUGGCCGGAGCUUAAGGAAUUUCAGAUUUAGCAUUGCACCAAUUUUACAAGCAAUGGAAGCUUCCUUUUCUUGAAAGUCCCGCAACCAUUCCUGUAAAGUAUUCUUCAACUGAAUUGUUUUGCCCAUUUCACCCGUAGUUAUCCCUCUCUAUGGUCUAGUUAGGUUUCUGUACAUUAUGUUUGUCCAGUAGUCUAAUAUGUAGAUUAUGUGCAUCAACCAAGUAUCUGUACCUGUGAAAAGAUAGUAUUCUCAGUAGCAUAUGAAGAAGUAGAAACAUUCCGGUGUAAAAGUUACUGUACUCCGUCUAAUCAGCACUCGUUCUUGUGAUACCUCAAACUCAAUCUCAAAAAGAGUAGAAUUUAUUUCUGCGGUUAUGUAUACUAUAAAUCUCUACAAAGCAGCUACUUCAUGCCAACAUAGCAAGCACAUUUUUUGUUGUUGGAAAACUUGUGCUGUAAACAUGACAUCUUUAUUGUUGAAAAUAAAGGGAUUGUUUAUGUGAUACCCCACAUUCUAUGA